AUGAAAACCAAGGGGAAGAUCGUGCUCUGUAUGCGCGGCGGCGGCAUCCCCCGGGUCAACAAGAGUGCAGAAGUGUUAGCAGCGGGUGGAAGCGGGAUGAUUUUGUACGAAGACCCAUCACAAGAAAUGGAGCUGGAGGAAGAUCCGCAUGUCGUGCCUGCCGUGCACGUUUCAUCCAGAAGAACUGAAUAUAUUACGGGUAGACCACCAGCGGUUGCAGCAUUUUCAUCUCGAGGUCCAAGCAUGGUGUUCCCUUCAGUGAUCAAGCCUGAUAUCACAGCACCUGGAGUUAAAAUUAUAGCAGCAUGGAUAGGUGGUUCCAGAAGUUACAAUAUAGUUUCAGGAACUUCAAUGGCUUGCCCUCACGUUACUGCUUACAUGAGCCCCGGAUUUGUGAAUGCCACACCUUUCGACUAUGGAGCCGGCCACCUUAACCCGUAUGCUGCAGCCCAUCCGGGUCUCGUCUACGAUUUGGAUCCGAAGGAGUACGUCGAGCGCUUUCGUAUCUGUGGCAUUGUUGGUUAUUGCGACACGUUUUCAGCGGUCAGCGAGCUCAACUAUCCGUCCAUUUCGGUGCCGGAGCUCUUUGAAAGCUACACCGUGAAGAGGACCGUGACCAAUGUCGGUGACCACCGAUCGAUCUACCGAGUGAGCGUGGAAGCUCCUCCGGGAAUUGCUGUGACCGUCACCCCGUCGGUGCUGGAGUUCACCCGCAAGCGACAGACGAAAUCGUUUGAGGUGAGGUUUGAGCUCGAGAGGAAAGUUAGAACCCCGGACCUCCAUGUCCAUGGGUUCAUCUUUGGCUCCAUGACUUGGAAGGAUCACAGGCACACGGUUAGAAGUCCCAUAGCUGUUAGCUAUGGAGUUAAGUUCGAGACUCCUCCAUAA